AUGUUAACUCUUGCAGUUCAUUUAUCGGCGGCUCUGAUCGAAAAUGUUACAGUUAGUGAAAAUAUAAGUAAUGACAUAAAAGAAGUGGAAACAAGAAGAAAAAGGGACAAACAUAGGGAGCUAUCUACAUCAUCCUCGGAGGGUUUUCGUAAAAGUGAUGGUUCAAGUAAAGAUGAGCAUGAGUCCUUAGACAUAUCGCCCUCAUCCACAUCAUCCUCUGAGAAAAAAGAACCAUCCCAAAUCGUCCAAAGAACGGAGAGGAUGCUUUAUUUUUACCUUAAUUGUUAUAGGAGAAAAUGGCAUCGCAAAUGUACCCCGUGCCCCGAAGACAUGGUGAAGAAAUGGAAAAAUCCGAGUAUACAGUGGAUAUGUGGAGCCUAUCAACGUGCUCGGAGGACCUUCAAAAGCCUAUGUAUGAUGCACUAUAGGAAUUGUCAGGAUGGCACCAUGUUUGUGAAGAUUCACGACAAUCGCUGCGCAAAUGACACGGGACGGGAUCAGCCCUAUAACAUCCACUUCUUCUACGAUUACAAUGUCAAAUCCCGCUCUAGCAAAAGCUCCGACUCGACUAUUGAAAGUUCUAUCUCUGUAUAG